UCCCCUCCCGGAGCGCCUGGCGGCGGGAGGCGGCGCAGUCGGGUCCGUGUCCGCGUCCGAGCCCGUGUCCGCGCGGGCGGCGGCGGCGGCUCCUGGGCGACAUGGAGUGCGCGGCGGCGGGCGCCGAGUUCAACAUCCUCCUCGCCACCGACUCCUACAAGGUUACACACUACAAGCAAUAUCCACCUAAUACAAGCAAAGUAUAUUCCUACUUUGAAUGUCGUGAAAAGAAGACUGAAAACUCCAAAUUAAGGAAAGUCAAAUAUGAGGAAACUGUUUUUUACGGUUUGCAGUACAUUCUGAAUAAAUACUUAAAAGGUAAAGUGGUGACCAAAGAGAAAAUCAAGGAAGCCAAAGAAGUGUAUAGGGAACAUUUUCAAGAUGAUGUCUUCAAUGAAAAGGGAUGGAACUAUAUUCUGGAGAAAUAUGAUGGUCAUCUUCCUAUAGAAAUAAAGGCUGUUCCCGAGGGCUCUGUCAUUCCCAGAGGAAACGUUCUUUUCACAGUAGAAAACACAGAUCCAGAAUGCUACUGGCUCACAAAUUGGAUUGAGACUAUUCUUGUUCAGUCAUGGUAUCCAAUCACAGUGGCUACAAAUUCUAGAGAGCAGAAAAAGAUUUUGGCCAAAUAUUUGCUAGAGACUUCUGGCAGCUUAGAAGGACUGGAGUACAAACUGCAUGACUUCGGCUACAGAGGAGUCUCUUCACAAGAGACUGCAGGAAUAGGAGCCUCAGCUCACUUGGUGAACUUCAAAGGAACAGACACGGUAGCAGGAAUUGCGUUAAUUAAAAAGUACUAUGGAACAAAAGAUCCAGUUCCAGGAUACUCUGUUCCAGCUGCUGAACACAGUACCAUAACCGCUUGGGGUAAAGAUCAUGAAAAAGAUGCUUUUGAACACAUAGUGACACAGUUCUCUUCAGUGCCUGUAUCUGUGGUUAGUGACAGCUACGACAUUUACAACGCCUGUGAAAAAAUAUGGGGUGAUGACUUAAGGCAGAUAAUUGAAGCCCGAAGUCCAGAGGCGCCACUUAUUAUUAGGCCAGAUUCUGGGAAUCCUCUUGACACUGUUUUAAAGGUCUUGGAGAUCUUAGGGAAGAAGUUUCCCAUUACAGAGAACUCAAAAGGCUACAAGCUGCUGCCACCAUAUCUCCGAGUUAUUCAAGGAGAUGGUGUGGAUAUCAACACAUUGCAAGAGAUUGUGGAGGGAAUGAAGAAGAACAAAUGGAGUAUUGAGAAUAUUGCCUUUGGAUCUGGUGGAGCUUUGCUGCAGAAACUAACUAGAGAUCUCUUGAACUGUUCCUUCAAAUGUAGUUAUGUGGUGACCAACGGUCUUGGGGUAAAUGUCUUCAAGGAUCCCGUAGCCGAUCCAAACAAAAGGUCAAAGAAAGGGCGACUGUCUUUGCACAGGACACCGGCUGGAGAUUAUGUAACGCUUGAAGAAGGCAAGGGAGAUCUUGAGGAGUACGGACAGGAUCUCCUCCAUACAGUGUUUAAGAACGGGAAGGUAACGAAGUCGUAUUCAUUUGAUGAAGUAAGACAAAACGCCAGGCUGAAGAACAGUGAACUUGAAACGGCGUCUCACUAAGUUUCAUUCCAUGUCUGUGUAUGUGUGUGUAACAAGUAUGUACUGCAUAAUGGGUUUAUUGUACAGAUUUGUGUGUUUGUGUUUUAUGACAUUGUAGCCAAAUUAUUUGUUGGUUUAUGGACAUACUGCCCUAUCUUUUUGCCAGUCUUUAGAGAAGCUGAAAUCAGGAAAUGGUACUUACAGUGUAAAACAUAUUUAAUGCUAAAGUGUGCUUUUUAGGGCCAUUUGCCAGUAGUGAUUCAAUCUGGUAUUGAUCUUUUCACAAAUGAGACGGAGCUGAGAAACUUUUUUAUAUAUAACAGAAUAUCACAAAAUGGAUUUACAUAAAAUUAUCAUGAUUGCUUUAUGUUUAUAUUUAACUUGUAUUUUUGUACAAACAAGAUUGUGUAAAAUAUAUUUAAAGUUUCAAUAAUUAAGUCUUUCCAACUUUUCAUGAUUUUUAUGAGCACAGACUUUCAAGAAAAUAUUUGGUGUGGGGGGGAAUCCAUUGCCUUUUGUCCAUCAAUCAGCAAAUAAAACAUGGCCUUAAAGUUUGUUGUGACAUUGUACCAUUUGAAGAAAGAAAUCAGGACUCGUAUCUCCUUUAGGAUCCCAUAGACUUGCUGACCUCACCGUAUCUUGUAGUUGUCUGUGUUAGUAAAUCUACAUUCAAGCAAGUUACUGUUCUUACUAGCAGAUUUAGGUACUACAGACCUUACUGGCACAGUAAGUGUGUAAAUGGAAUGCCAAAUUUGAAAGGAUUCUCUACUGCAACUUAACUUGCCAAGUCUAUUCUACUUGGCAUAUGCACCUCAAUAUUUUAAGAGUAAAGUUUUUAAGAGAUCUCCUCUUCCACUAUAGAAUAUAUGUGUAAAAUACUGAAAUAUGGAAGCGGUGUAUUUUAAAGUAAUUACACUUCUGGGUUUAUUUUUCAUAUACUGUAAGUGACAUGACUUUAAAGCAAAAUACUGGACUGGGUAGUGCACUUUUUUACUUUUUUGUAUUUUUUUCAUUGAUUUGCCUUUUGUCAGACUGGAUGUUAAAUUGUAAAAAAUGUUUAACUAUUUUUGUUAACAACUUUAAUAAAACCUUAUGCUAGCCAAACUCCUACACGAAUGGCAGACCUGCUUCCCCUUCUCCCCCCAUUUACUGGGGGUGAGGAGGGGCUUUUUUUUGGUGCAGAGGAUAGCUGUAAAAGAAUAUGUAUGAGAGAUGCUUUUGAGCUGUCUGCACUUGAUUGUAUUUGCUCUCUGCAAAGUAGAAUUUCUCGAAUUGGAGCAAUUUCUAGAAUUGCUCGAUUAGAAUAUCUGCUGGAAAACAAAACUGUCAAGGAAUUUAUUGGAGAAGCUCUGUAGUAAUAGGCUCUGAGAAGUUUGUUAGUACUGUAGGAUGGCUCUUACUACAAAAGGAAUAUACCUCCCUUAACAAAAAUCAGCAGUAAAAUCAAAUGGCUUCUGUAUUAUGUCGAUGAUCAACUGUCAGUCUUUGACUUACUGUACUGAUGUUGCAAUUAACAAUUGCCAAUUAGCAAAUGAUUUUACAGGACAAAUGUGAGGGGUCUUUUAGAAUCAUUUAAGCCUACACAACUAUAUAAAAUGUGCUUUUAAAGGAAGAUUGAAAAGCCAUACUUCAUUGUUCUUAUUCUCUCACCAAAAAGGGCCACAUCAAAGCACUCAUAGUAUUUCCAGGGUAUGUGGUUAAGACACUUAUGCCCAGUCUCAAUGGUUCUUGUUAAUAAAAAAAAAAAAAAAAAAAAAUUGUUUUCCACUCUUAGUGUAUGUGAUUAUAGAUUUAAGUGAUGUAUUGUUUCAAAAAUAGUGUUUUAGUAACCUAAAUACUGACCUUUCACACUGAAGAACUGCCUUCCCU